GGCGUAACCGCACUGCACCGCGCAGCAGGGCGAGGUCAUACCGAGAUCAUGGCAUUCCUACUAUCCGAAGAGGCCUCCAUAGAGGCAACGACCCACGACAGCUGGACUCCACUCCACGGAGCAUCAUCCAGCGGACAGACCCAAGCCGUGACACUGCUCCUUCAACACGGCGCGAACAUCAACCACCGCAGUCUAGACGAGAAGACACCGCUCCAUCGGGCCUGCCGGGGUGGUCACCUCGAGACCAUCCAGACUCUUUUGGACCAUGGCGCAGACAUCAUGGCCCAAGAUGCAGACGGA